GGUACCGAGAGCGGCCAAUCUACGGCAUCCUUGUCCUCAUUGACGGAAUGGCGCUCUUCCCCACCUGAAGGAGCCGUGUGAUGAUGGCGCUGAGGGCCCUCUUCCGCCGUCAUCCAAUUUGGGCCCUGGCGGCUGUGUGGCUUGCCGCCAACUUGGUGCCCAUGGCAUUCUCGAAAGGGAAGGGGGGAAAGGGAGCGACCACAACCACAACCACAACCACAACCACAACCACAACCACGACCACUACGACGCCUGCGCCGACCGGAACCAACCACUACGGCACGCCAGGUAAGCACCAGGCUGAGUAAUGGAUAGAUGACACAUAUGUGCGCAUAUGUGCGCAUUGUAUGCAGCCGCCGGUGACUGGGUUCACCGGCCCCACUCAUGCUCUUAUUACUACAGUACGCACACACGGCCCGACGGACAAACACAGGCAUCUAUAAUGAUUCUGUUCGUUGCAUAUGUUGUGGUCCAAAUGUGUUGGUGUCCUUGUUCUCCGCACUCAGUCGACACGACGGUUACGGAGAACUACGUGAGCUCGCUUGCUCACUCAGAGAGGACACUGGACGCACUGCAGCCCCAUUGCACUCAUGCGCUGUGGUGAUGUCUUGUGAAUUAAGGAGGACCUGAGGUACUCCUGCCAGCAGGCCAAACCGGAGUGGGACGGUUCGCUCGUGGUCAUCGACGAUGGCUAUGAGAGCCAGUGGCUGGCGGACCACCUGCGGGCCGAAGGCGACGAGGACAAAAGAAUGUGGGUCCGAUACACGCGGGUAAAAGAUAUUGUGUGUCCACACAAACAAGAUGUCUCUCAUAAGCCUAUCUGUUCACAUGUCAUGACAUCGAAUGCAGAAAGGUCCUGAUCCCGGUGAGGUACCCAAAAACAUGCCUGAUAUCGGGGGCUCAUCGGCGGAGCGGGGUGGGUGGGAGCCCAACGAAACAGCAUUCUGGGGCUGGGACGCCCCGAGCACUGGCCUGUGGGACGUCUCGUGGGACGUGUCUUAUCCCUGGGACAAUUUUGAUGGCGACGGGGCCCUUGCUAUCGUCAAGGGGCCUGAGUAUGAGGUCCCGGUAAGUAUGCAAAACGAUCUUCAAGAGACGGGCAUGUGCACAUAUACUGGACUGGGUAUGGGUGCUCCACAUAUGUCGAUCAGUGGCACCUGGUACUACAGACUAAGGACAGGACCCAAACCUACCGGGCAAUGGUAUAUGGCAGCCAGACAGGCAGGGGCAGGCGAAUUCGCCCUGUUCUCUCGAUUGUUGAGCACUUCCCCUCUUUUCUUUCCGUCAUGCUAUGUAUGUAUCCUGUCAGUGUGAGAAGCACGAGCCCAGCUGCGGUGCGUGACCAUGGCCAACCAACCACACUGGACCACAGCCAAAACAAAGAGAUCAUUUUGCAAGUCUCGUGUUUAUUUGUGCAGUGGAGCCCCCAUCGGUGCAAGUGCUGAUGCCAUCUGUCUUCCCCGAGGAUGCUGAAGCCAACUAUUUCGAGGUCACCAUCCGGUUUUCAGAGGACAUUUCUGGUCUGGCCUUCAACAACUUCACCAACCUGACGAGCUGGCAGACACUCGGCGGCGUCAACGGAGUUAUCGCAUUUGUUUCACAGCCAACCAACAGAGAGAUUGUCGAGUGGAUAUGGCCCAUACAGAAGGGACGCGUGACGAUUCAGGUGCCGGAGAAUGUAUUCUCACGUAACUACGGAAAUUUGGACCACAACAACCCGUCGAAUAUCCUAACAGUGUACCAUGGUGCGCUAGACGAAGUAAUGUGAGACAUGAAUCAAUCUGUGUUUGUGUCCUGUGCACGUCGUCAGGCUGCGGGAUGCUGUGGGGGAAAGGUUUAAGUCAUACCGCAAUUGACAAUACAGACGCUUACUCCUGGUGGCACUGUGGCCGCCUUUGUUAUGAGACCCCUAGCUGCAGAUCGUUCAGCUUCGACGCCCGGAAUGGCCAGGUGGGUGGCGGACCGGUCCCAGCUCCCUGUCGCCUCUAUGAUCAAGCCGAGCUCAGUGGCUCAGUAAACCCCGCUCAGGUCAGCUCCGCGAGAGCCUGCGCCGUGAAUGAGGGUAAGAUAAUUCCAUCGAUCUCGUCCCAUCCCAUUGUCCCCUUCCGUGCUUGAAGAUGUGGAGGCACCUGAGGUGAUGAUAGUGCGCGGCGUUGACGCGAACGGGGGCCCCUUACCCGGCGGGAGCAUCCCCCACUUCUACAACAAUCCGAACUACAUCCACCUAUUUGCUGGUAUGUGACAAAGAAUGGAACACAACAGGACAGAAUCUGACCCCAGUCAGCAUCCAUCACAUCAAAUGCAUCACCAGAGUUUCACUUCACCGAGCCAGUGAAUCACGUUGACCCCUCUGAUCUGGAUAUCCAGUGCACCAACUGCGCUUUCGACGGGGGCAUUGGCUGGGUCAAGGUCGGGCCUGUGGACAAGGAGAACGUCACAUGGCCAUUGUGGAGCGAUCAAUGGCGAGUGGAGGUAUGUAGGGAGGUAGGUCGGUCGGUCGGUCAGUGCGUUGGUGGGGAGGUGGACUCUCUCAUGUCUCUGUCCUUCAGAUCCAUCUGGAUGAAUUGCCACCCGGGUUCACCACCGGCAAGGUCGUGAUUGGACUCGAUCCUUCCCACGAUGUGGCGGAUUUUUCCGGCAACCUUGUCAGCAAUACUCCUGCGACACUAGAAUUUGUCAUUCAACCCGCAGGUCACACUCAUACACACACGCACGUCACCCACCCAGUAUACAGAAAAUCAUCAUUCAUCCUGUUGUUUCUCGCUGCAGAUACUACAACAAUAGGGCCCCCAACAUCUCCCGUCAGCCCACCAGGUAAGCGUCAAUCACAGCCACCAACCAGAUAUGCCUCCUUCUACUUGUGUCAAGAUGAGCCUACCCCUACAAACGGGCCACCAGACCGCCGAAUGGACCGCCAGAUGGGGGCACAGGGGGGACGUCUCCGCCUCUCCAGCCAAACAUACCAUUUGACCAGGUAGAGAUUUCAUCUGGCGGCUCGGAUGAUGGCGAUCCAGCAGAAGGAUGUGAGAUUUCUGGCACACGAGGUAUAAAUGCAGACAUGUGCCUUUCAACUGCCUUCUUGUGACUGAUGCCUUUUUGCUUGCAGAUGUCCGUUUGGCCUGUGCGGCAUCACAGAGAAGAAAGUUCAUCACUCUCGUGGAAGGCAGCUAUAUAGCUAUUGUCGAGGGCUCGACACACGAUGACACUCUGCGGGGCAACAGCCAAUCCAACACCCUCAUCGGUGGCGACGGCGCAGACAUACUCGAUGGCCGUGGCGGCAGCGAUGAGCUGGUGGGGGGCGGCGGAGCCGAUACCUCUAUCAUCGGUUUAGAAGAGGGAGACGUGACGAUACAAGACUUCGAUACUGGCACCGUUCACGAUCAGCUCAACCUCGCCAGCUUCCCCUCAAUCACGAGCAUGAGCGAUCUUCGAGAGAGAAUGACCAGCGGCAGCGUCAUCAUUGACAUUGACAGAACCCACAGAGUGCGCAUCCUCUAUCGCACGCCGCAAGAAAUGUUGAAUCCCAAGUAUUUCCUGCUUUGGACUCCUGAAGGAGACGAUGCAAGCGAUGAAGCAGGCGACGACGAAUGCGGCUGGUUUUCUUACGCGAAGCCCGAGUGUGUGGACACAAUCCUUAGCAUCGUCGGGGGUAUUGUUUUUGUGGCUGGUCUUUUUCUGGGGGCAUGGCAAUUCCUCGUCAAAUGCGUCUGGAAGAGCUCGGCUCCCGCAGAGACAGAAGAAGAGCAAGUCAAGGUCGAGGCGAGAAAGCGCUCGAUCUCUGACACACGCGACUCACGUGCCAGAAGCUCCCUCGCGACCAAGUCCGAGCGGAAGGUAGACAGAGAUGUAACGGACAUCGCCCGGGAGGAGCAGCAUGAUGUGGGCCCCUCUCACGUGACGCUGUAUGAAUCGAAACAAAAGGCCGAUUCAAGUACACGAAUUCAUGUAUCUAAGCACGUGUUUUGACGGAUUUUUGUUUGAGACAUUUUUACAUGACGAUAUGUCAAUUGCCUCAAUCGUCAUGUGCAAACAAAGGGAUGUCUCUGUGUUGGAUUUUAACUGCAUUCAACACAUUUCGAUCAACAAACCCUGCUCAGAUGCUGUGGACAUUCCUUAGCUACUGGUGUUCCUCUUCGCUGGCACCGUUGUUUUCGCCAUCCAUCAUUGGUACGUGUCCGGGAGGGAGGGAGGGAGGGAGGGAGGGAGACGGCUUGAAUGGGACUCGUCUCUGUCGUACGUCUUUGUUUGUGUCUGUGUGUGUCAGGUAUGAGUGCCGUGUUGGUGUUGGGCCACGCCAUCUUCCACAAGGGCAAAUGCGAGGAGGAAGACGAAGAAAGUACGGAACACUAGAACGCAAUGCGUUCAGUCUUCCUCUCUGUGUUCGUUUCUGUGUGUGUGUCCUGCAGCUGGUAUCUGAGUCACCAUGACUUGUGACGGGGGGUGCUUUCAAUCCUACCGACCGACAUGUGUGGCUGGCUAGCGUCUCUCUCGUGUGUACAAAAGGCGGCUGCCUUUUUCCCAGCGAGAGAGGAGAGCUGUGUGUCCUUGUACAGUCUAGCAGAGGGUAUCCCCCGGAGAAGCCUCUCCCUUUUUCGGUGUAGUUUUGCUCCUAAUGUAUCGAUCAAUGCAUUCACUAAGAGAUUUCUUCUUGUCUCGUUGGCUGCCGCUGACGCACGGAUGUGACACCUCCGCCUCGCCCUCCAUGCCUUGGGGGCGUAGCGAGGGUGUCAUGUCCAUCGCCAGAGACAGUGACAGACAGGAGAUGGAAGGAGAGUCGUGUUGGUACGUCGUGUGUACAUCGGGUGGCAUG